CUGAAACGACGCUGUUGGGCCUCGUUUUCAAAAUCUCCAUCUCCCUGCUCCAAGCUGUAUUGUAAGUUGCAACUCUCCAUCUUAAAACUAAUUUCAUAUCCAGAAAGAUAAUCAUGGCAGAACCACCGGAAAAUAUCCCAAAUCCACGAUCAAUGGCGGUACCGCAAUUUCUAAAAACCCUAAGGAAACUCUUAGCUUCAGAUGAACUCCCACUCCAAAAGCUCAAUUGCUACAUUCCUAUUUUCUCUUCAAAUCCUUUUCUUCUUAUAUCUCUCCUCUCUUCCAAAUGGCUCUUCAACCGUCCCACUACUCUUCUCUCCUUCUUUAAAUGGGCGCAAUGUCAUCUCCCUCCCUCCAUCUCUCAAUCUCCUCUCCUUCUCUUUUCCGUUCUCUCUCCUCUCCUGUCCCAUCACAAAUUCUCCGACGCCAAAUCACUUCUCACAUCCUUCAUCGCUGCUGACAAGUCCAACAUCCUCCACCGUCACAUCCUCCAGCUACCUGAAGCGGUAGAGAAUCCUCGCAGCUUGAAAUCCCUCCUCGAUAUCUCAAUUAAGGUCUAUGUUGCCUCUGAUAGACCCCACCAUGCUGCACAGGUUUUUAACAAGAUGAACAGGUUGCAUCUCCCGCCUAAAUUGCGUACUUGUAAUACUCUUCUUAAUGCUUUGGUCAGGUUUCCGUCUAAGCAUUCUGUUUAUUUGUCUAAAAUUGUUCUUAGUGGUAUGAUUAAACUUGGUGUUAAGGUCAAUACCAACACUUUUAAUAUUUUGGUCUACGGGUGUUGCUUGGAGAACAAGUUUGGGGAGGCAACUAGUCUUCUAGGUAAAAUGAAGGAAUUUGGUUGUUUGCCUGAUUCCUUUAGUUACAACACAAUUUUGGAUGUUUUGUGUAAGAAAGGCAAGUUGAAUGAGGCGAGGGAUUGGUUAUUGGAAAUGAAAAAUAAGAGUUUGAUGCCAAAUAGUAGUGCUUUUAAUAUUUUGGUUGGUGCAUAUUGUAAGUUGGGAUGGUUGAAGGGAGCAUCUCAGAUUAUUGAAUUAAUGUGGGAGAAUAAUGUCUUGCCAGAUGUUUAUACUUAUACCAUAUUGAUUGAUCGAUUAUGUAAAGAAGGGAGGAUUGAUGAGGCAUUGAGGUUACGAGAUGAGAUGGAGAAUUUGAAGUUGUUGCCUGAUGUUGUUACUUAUACUGCAUUGAUUAAUGGGUGCUUUGAGUGUAGUAGUAGUGCAAAGGCAAUUGAAUUGAUUCAAGAGAUGGAGAGGAAGGGAGUGAAGCCAGAUGCCGUUAUACAAAAUAUACUGGUCAGUUGGUAUGUGAAGGAUGGAAAUGUGGAUGAUGCAAGAAAAACCAUUAGGAAGAUGGAAGAAACUGGAGUUUCAUUUAAUACUGCUAGUUAUAACACAAUUUUGGAUGCUUUGUGUAAGAAAGAGAAGCUGAAUGAGGCUCAGGAUUUGUUGUUGGAUAUGAAAAAUAAGGGGUUAAUGCCAGAUAGUUGUAGUUUUAAUAUUUUGGUUUGUGGAUAUUGCAAGUUGGGGUUGCUGAAGGAAGCUUCUGAGGUUAUUGAAUUAAUGUCACAAAGUAAUGUGUUGCAGGAUGUUUGGACUUACAAUAUUUUAAUUGGUGGAUUAUGUAAACAAGGUAGGAUCGAUGAGGCGUUUAGGUUGCAAGAUGAGAUGAAGACUUUGAAAUUAUUGCCUAACGUUGUUACUUAUAACACAUUGAUUAAUGGGUGCUUUGAAUAUGGUAGUAGUUCAAAGGCAUUUGGAUUGAUUCAAGAGAUGGAGUCGAAGGGAAUGAAGCCAGAUGCAUUUACACAUAGUAUAGUGGUUAAGUGGUAUGUGAAGAAUGGAAAGAUGAAUGAUGCUAGAAAAACCAUUAGGAAUAUGGAAGAAAGUGGAUUUUCAUCUAAUAUCGUUUGUUAUAAUAUAAUUUUGGAUGUUUUGUGUAAGAAAGGGAGGUUAAAUGAGGCUAAGGAUUUAUUAUUAAAAAUGAUAAAUAAGGGGCUGAUGCCGGACUGGUGUACAUUUAAUAUUUUUGUUUGUGGGUAUUGUAAAUGGGGGUGGUUGACGGGAGCAGCUCAAGUUAUUGAAUUAAUGUCACAAAAUAAUGUGUUGCCUGAUGUUUGUACUUAUACUAUGUUGAUCGGUGGGUUAUGUAAAGAAGGCAGGAUUGAUGAGGCAUUUAGGUUAAGAGAUGAGAUGGAGAAUUUGAAGUUAUUGCCUGAUGUUGUUACUUAUAACACAUUGAUUAAUGGGUGCUUUGAGUGUGGUAGUAGUUCAAAAGCAUUUGGAUUGAUUCAAGAGAUGGAGAGGAAGGGAUUAAAGCCAGACGCAUUUACACACCAAUUACUGAUUAAGUGGUAUUUGAAGGAUUGGAAGAUGGAUGAUGCCGAAAAAACCAUUAGGAAAAUGGAAGAAAGUGGAUUUUCACCUGAUCCUGCUGCAUAUAAUACUUUGAUAAAUAAGUAUUGUAAAAUAGGGAAGCUGGGUGAAGCAUUUAGGAUGAUGGAUGAAAUGGAGAGGAAAGGUUUGAAUGUGGAUAACGUGAAUCUUAAUUCCAUUAUUCAUAUUCUUUUUGGGGAAAAUUCUUUUAUGCCAGAUGUGUUUACUUGUAACAUUCUUCUUCGCAUGCUAUGUAGAAGAGGUAUGCUUGAAAAGGCUCUUAAUCUCUUCAACACAUGGAUUUCAAAAGGGGAAAAAGUCGAUGCAGUUGCAUACAACACAAUAAUAUUGGGUCUUUGCGAACAAGGCAGAUUUGAGGAGGCUUUUGAUCUUCUUGUAGAAAUGAAAGAAAAGAAGCUAGGUCCUGAUUGCUAUACAUGUAAUGCAAUUCUGGGUAUACUUGCUGAUGCGGGUAGGGUCGAGGAGGCUGAGGAGUGCAUGUCAAAAAUUAUGAAAAUGGGACAGUUGCAGGAUCAGAAUUUACUUUUGGAUAAAUGGAAAAUUAUGAGCAGUCAGACUCCUCAAGUAUCUGAUCCAAAUUCAAUUGCUUUUUCAGAAUAGAUUAAGGAGCUAUGCGCUCAAGGGAAAUACAAGGAUACAAUACAAAUUUUUCAAGAAGAAGAGCUUCACUUUAAAUAAAUCUGCCUAUAUUAAUUUGAUUAUGGGACUUGUUAAAAGGAGAAAAAGCAAAUCAUAAAGUUACUUUAUCAUUCUGAGCUCUUCUUGGGUUCUUGACAUUGCCUAGCUGGAGAAGACACAUCAUAUCAUUAACAUCAACGUUUUUGCAUGCAAUAAGGAGUUGAGCAGCUGUUCUUGCUGGUAGAUAUGGAAUCCAAGCUUGGCAAGCAUUCAAGGCGAGACCUCCUAAACUUAAAAUUUGCAAGUCCUAUGAGGGCAGUUUCAGCCGAAAAUGACCAGACGAGAAGCAGCUCUAAUUCUUGGCAUUGGGGAGGAUCUGACAGCAGAAAAGGUAGCCAUUUUCUUGCUUCUAAAGCACAUAAAAAAUUAAUAGUAGCAAAUCAUCCUGAUGCUGGUGGUAGCCACUAUCUUGCUUCUAAAAUCAACAAAGCAAAGGAUGUGAUGCUUGGGAAAACAAGGGAUGAUGGAUCUGCAUUCUGCUCAUCUGAAAAACGGGUAUAAGUGAAGUUAUACUUGAUGAUGAUGCUUUAAGAGCUUUUGAUUUUAGUAAGGAAAGUGUAGAAGUGGAUUCAUGACUGAUCAGAGGAGAGAAAAUAGUUUUAUGACUAAGAUAUCCCCACUAUCCUCCUCUCUCUCUACCCUUCUCUCUAUUUUCUCUCCCUUCAUGUCUCUUCACCUUUCCUUCUUCGGUCCUCAAAAAUUAGCUACUGUUAGCAUUAAGCAAGUUUUAGCCUGAGCAUAUACAUUCUUCAGUGCAAUAACGAUGGUUGUUCAACAAAAGGCAUUGAGAGUGGAGAUUAUAUGAGAACAUAACAAAUCCAUUAAAGUAAAUAGAAUUUGAUGCCAAUGCAGACACAAAAGAAAUCGAAGGGAAAGCCUCAAUAUACAGCAAGAAAAUAAAAACCAAAGCCAUAAAAGAGUAUUGAAUCAAGAAUAAUCAACAAUGGACAGAGGAAAUUUUGGGAAAAUCCAAAACACAAAGAUAAAAAGAAGACGAAGAAGAUGAUCAAUCUAGUAAAGAUCACGCAUAUACAACGACAAAAAGAAAGAAUAUCUCUUUCUCUUUAUUAGAAAAGAAAAAUAUUAAUUAAAUAUAUAUAUAUUAAUGAUGUUUCUAUGAAUCUGUGAGAGAAACUUUUUGUCAAUGUAACCGUUCAGAUUUGAUUUCCAUGUA